GUUUCGGCGUUUACGUCGUUAAUUUUUCGAGCAACGGUUCUGGGUCGCUGAGUUCCCCCAUUCUCUCUCUCUCUACAUGACUUGCAGGCAUGAAUAGGGCCUCAAAAGCAGCCCUAAUCGACUCUCAGGUCGGCCCUCUUCACCUUAGGGCCGCUCUCUUUCACUCCACUCCUGUCUUGGAGCGCAGAAGACGGACCCAUUGGGAUUCUAGAUGUAACGCUUAUUCCAAAAGGUUCAGAAAGUUGAACACAAAACAAACAUUACUGCGCAAUGUCAGUGAAUUUGCAGAGCACCUAUUUCAGAGGUGGCAGUAUGAUCAUGAAGAGUUUGACCCGUCUUCAAGGCAAGGCAGCUCAUGGUUUAGACAGGAGUAUCAAUCUAAUGGAUCCAAAGGGAGCAGGACUAGUAAAAAGGGACCCCAGUCAUGGAAUAGAAAAGGUUUCCAGUUCUGUGAAGAUGAUGACAUCGAAGUUGAGACCAUUUUCCGCUCUGCAUUUGGGGGAAACAGACAUUUCUAUUGGUCGUUUACAAAUGAAGAACCACCACAAUGGAGGCAUUCAUCAGAAUACUCUAACAGCUAUAGGAAUGCUUGGAAGCGCAGACUUGAGAAUGAAGAUGAAUAUGAUUCCUCGACGGACUCAGACUGUUCGGAGUCAGAUUUGACUUCAGAGCGGAUAGCUCUUGGGUUGAGUGUAUCAGGUCCUCUAAGUCUGGAAGAUGUUAAAAAUGCAUAUCGAGCAUGUGCAUUGAAAUGGCAUCCAGAUCGUCACCAGGGCUCUUCCAAGGCUAUUGCUGAAGAGAAAUUCAAGGUCUGCAGCACCGCAUAUCAAUCUUUAUGUGACAAGCUGGUUUUAAAUUGAUGUUUUUUUGCUGAAGCACGCCGAUCUUAACCCUAGAUUUGUUGUGGCAUGUGGGAGAACACAAUUCCAAUUCUGAUGUAGUUAAGUUAUUGUACUCAAUUUAGUUUAGGAAUUUGUCAUAGGAAACCCUUGCAGGAAUUGUGCGUCUGAUCUCUUGAGAGGUGGCACACUGCACAAUAAUUUCGAUCGUGGCGAGAACAUGCUGUUUCAUGUUGCCCCAUAUAUGUACUAGUAAGUAUUCUUCCAAUCUAAAUGUUUAUUUUCUCUUAAGAAUGUAUAGACAUUAUGGUAGUUUACUCUGCCAUUUUUCACUUGACAGCUUGAAAACUUCAGUUUAGAACAUGUACUUUAGUUAGUAUCAAGUUUAAG